UUUACAUAGUAAAGUUACCGAAAAUAUGCCUCGAACUGUCAAACAUAAUAUCACUCGAACCCCUCCUCCCCUGGAAAAAAAUUCUGGAUCCGCACAUGACGUCGAUCAUUAGCAUUCAGGUAUCAAUUUAAACCCUUAUCAACGAUCAAGGAAGUAAUUCUUAUUCAAUAAUGAAACUAGUUCAAGAAUGAUAAACUUAAGAAAUAUGUGGAAUGUAAGAAAUAGAAAAGGAUUCUCUCCCACGGUUAAGUAGACCAGUCAUUGUAAAAAUUAUCCUUAAUAUUCAAGGAUUUUUAACAAUAGUUCUCAUUCUACUGAAAAAAGUAUCUAUGAAGGAAUACUACAUAUAUAACAUUGGACAGAAGUGCGGAUAUGUUUAUUCCGGUAUCUAUGGAGUUUUAAUUUUGUGAAUUUUUUUUUAGCAUGGAUUGAAUUGAUAUCAAUUAACAACAUUUAUUUGAUUAUAAACUGUACUAAGACAAGUUUUUAAUGUGCUGGAAAAUCUAAAGUGAAAGUAGAAUGGGAAACGCUUCCAAUUCCAAAGCCGUGAAUCCAAGCAACGGCACAGAUAAGAAUACGCAAUGCUUAAAGCAAGACGCACAAGAGGGAAAUACGAGCAGUGAAAAAUUUGACAUAAACCAACAGCCGCAAAAACUAUUAGAAGUCAAACCGAAGGAACAGUCGAGCAAUGAGGACAUUGACACAAAUCAGCUUCCACAACAGUUGAUGAAAGGUGAACUGGAGGGAUAUGAAAGCAAUGGGCAUGUAAACAUAGACCUGUUACCGCCGCACUGGAAGCUUCACGUACAAAAGGAACCUACAGUCUGCUUAACUCCUAUUUCUUCUGACACUCCAUCGGGUCUGACAUAUAUCGAUAACAGUUUCAUAGAUGAUGUAAAAUGGUUCUUCAACCUCUUGGCAGCUUAUAAACAGCAAACACAUAAUAUUCUGGAAUUUCUUUCUAAGUCAAAUGGUAUUGAAGAAAUGAUACGUUGUCCUGAUGAUAUGGAUGAUAAAGCCUUUGAUGACUUUGCAAGAAAAUAUACAGAAAAAACAAGCUUCGAGAUCCCAACUUCCUGGACUGAAACCACAAUGAAACAAAAGCUGUAUGACUGUAUUAAAAAGUGUCUGAAAAAGAAAGGGACUUUGAUAAAGAUGGGCUCUAUUCUUAAGAAACACAAUAGAUUGCAGGCAAAGAAACAAAAACAUCAAAAGAAAAAGAGUAAAAAAUAUUUGAAACGCGUUCAUGAUGAGGUUGAAGAAGGAAAAGUCCUAACAAAGGAAGACUCUGAAGAAUUGAGUAAAGAAAUUGACAGUUUAAAUGAAAAUCUGCCGUAUGUUGUUGAAAUUGAUCAAGCACUCCGUCAGGAGAAAAAGAGUAAAAAUGGUUGGAUUCGUAUUCAUGACCAGGUUGAACAAGAAAGAGAAAAGGUCAAAGACCUCGAGUGUAAGCUCAAACAGAUCGCAGAAGAAAAGGAGCAUCUCUUAACUCGGCUUAGCAAAAUAGCUGGAUCCAAAUUGACCUCCAACAACCCUGAUAUUGCUGACUUGAAUGAUGAUAACCGACCGACCAAGCUGGCAGAAAAAUUCGGUCAGUUGUAUGACGACGCAUGGACAGAUUCUAUGGAGGAGUUGACGGGAGGGGAAUUGAGGCUGAAUGACAGAGCUGCAAUUGGCUUUUUAUUGCGCAUUGUCAUGACAGCCUACAACUUUUGUUCUGGCUCUCGUUCCAUGUUUCUUGACCUAACAGAUUGUCAAACCAUAAUGACCUGUAAAGACACUGGAGAAAUGAAAGUGGUAACCAAACUUCCCGAAGCGAUGGUACCGGACAUCCAACAGGCACUUAAAACGUGUUUACGCGCUAAAGAAACAACUUUGAUUUCUGAGAUGCAAGAGAAAUUUGCUGACACCUUACACGGUAUCUUAAGUGAUAUAACUACUAGAGUGAAGAGUUCAGUAUCACACGAACAUACUAUGAAUCCAUUCGAAGACAAUGUCAGAAUAAACAACCCCUCAGACUAUUGUUUGCAUGACGUUAGUACAGCACAUUUGCAAAGCAAAGGAAAGGAAGAUAAUUUACAAACGACUAAAAAAUCAAAAAAGAGACGAAAAAAAGUAGCACACUCAGAAAACGUUGACUCCUCACAACCAUGUAAUGAACAGUAUUCUGGAGACAGAUGUUUGCUGAAGAAAAAACAAUUUUGUGGACAGAUGGGUGCCCCUUCUUUCUUUCAGACAAUUUCAUCGUCCCAGUUUGCAAAAACGACUCACUUUGCCGAGCGCUGUGUGGAGUUGUGUUGGUUCAUGCAGACAACCCAGCCACCAAUACAUCUAAGUACCCGUUUUCCCGACGGGAUGAAAAACAAUGAUAUAUUUAGAGCGUACAUGAAAUCGGGGAAGGAAGUGGAUUACAUUGUAUGGCCUGUCAUGUAUUUGUAUGAAAACGGACCUGUGUUAAAUAAAGGUAUUGCCCAACCGAAGUGAAUUGAUAACAAAAAAAGCAUGCAUGAACUUUUUAAUGUUAAACAAUUGUUUAACAUAUAAGAACAAAACUCAUCACUAAAUUGAGAAAAAGGUUAUAAAUGCAUAACGUCUUUUUCGUUAAUAUUCAUGUUAUCUAAUAAAAUGACAUCCAUUAUUUGUAAAAAAAAAAAAAAAAAAAAAAGGUGGUUAUCGUAACAGAAUAGUUUCUACAGACCCUUUGUUGAUAGAAUAGUUUACACUUAGUUUUGAAUUAGCAAUUCCGGUAGUCAUCAUUUAAAUUUGUUUUUAACAAAUUGCGAUACCAACCUGGACUAAGAACUUUAAAGUUAGAAUAUAAUUAUUCCGUUAACUUUACAUCUGUUACAAUAAAUGACAAUAAGAUGCAUUUCAUUUUUUCUGAAACCCUCUGAAUUAUUAAUUUGAAAAAAAUAUAUCGAAGAAAGUUUUUAGUCAUUGUUUAGUUACAAAAAGAAGUCACAAUUGAAAACUUAGUAACACUUUCUAAUCUUGUAAACUACUUAACCCACGUUUUUAUAUUGAUUAAAUAAUCCAUAUAAUUUUGGAAAAAACUAGUUUAGAUUGCUAUGCAGUGCUUUCCAUAUGUAGGUUAGUUUCUUUAACCAAAUGAAUUUUAAAAUUAUUAAAAAGGUACCUUUGACACUUGACUGUAUAGUAUUUUUAAAUGUUUGCAAUGUGAUAAAGUUUAUGUAAAUAUAAUAUUGUGUAGAUAAAUUUAACGUUGUCAAUUUGUUGAAAUUUGAAUUAUCUUGAAAUGGAUUAUUUUUUUUAUCUAAUAAACAUUC